AUACUAGAGAGCGAAUGUUUCGAAACAGUCCAGUGCGCUACUCUCGCGCUUCCUCCAAAAUAGAAGACGGAAAAACAUCUUAAUGUAGGUGGAGCUGAAACCGCUUCCCUUUGAUGAGAAAGUUACGCGUUUAACCUACUAGAGUGCGCAAUUCUCACACGCUUCCUCGCAUGAAGAACCGAACUCUCAUCACUUCCAUCAAGUCAAGGACCGUACAGCUUCUCCAAACGCGCGCGUUAUACAGCCAGACCGUGGUGAUUGUCCUCCUUCUUCCCGUUAAUUUAAGUUUUCUUCUGCUGUAUCCGUACAACUUGCCUUUUUUCUUUUGGAAAGGGUGAAGACACCGCAGAUCUGCGCUCGCUUCAGCAUGCGUCUGGCGCACGGAGCGCACUCUUGGCGAGCUCUUCAUCAUUACGCGCAGGGAUGAUGUUCAACUCAUCGCGCUCGCUAGAUUUCUUCUCGUUCACUCACCCCGAGGUCGCGUCGGAAGUUCUCAAUGGUUCCUCACACUCAUUCUACAACAUCUCAAUGGCCAUGUGGAACAAAUCGUGCGGGGAACCGUUGCUCGAUUUCACCGCAGCGGAGAAGAUUGUCAUCGGGAUGAUGCUGGCCAUCAUCACCACCGUGACGGUGAUUGGGAAUAUGCUGGUGGUGAUCGCGGUGUGCGUCGUUAAGAAGCUCAGGCAGCCGUCCAACUAUCUGCUGGUGUCUCUGGCCGUGGCGGAUCUCUCCGUGGCUAUUGUGGUGAUGCCAUUCGUGAUCGUGACGGACCUCACGGGAGGAAAGUGGCUUUUUGGAGAGGUCUUCUGUAACAUCUUCAUCGGCAUGGAUGUGAUGUGCUGCACAGCAUCCAUCAUGACGCUGUGCGUGAUCAGUGUGGACAGGUAUCUUGGCAUCACCCGCCCUUUGACCUACCCUGCUCGACAAAACGGCCAGCUGAUGGCAAAGAUGAUCUUUGGUGUGUGGCUCGUGUCCGCCUCGAUCACACUGCCGCCGUUCUGUGGCUGGGCCAAGAACAUUAACACGGCUGGUGUUUGUCUAAUCAGCCAGGACUUCAGCUACACCAUCUACUCCACCGCCGUGGCCUUCUACAUCCCCAUGAUCGUCAUGCUCUGCAUGUACUACAAGAUCUUCAAGGCCGCCAGAAAAAGCUGCGCCAAGCAUCGUUUCACCAACUUCUCCCGUCGGGAUCGUCUGGAGACCGUCGCCAGCGAGGCUCUCAGGAUGCAAGGCCUAAAACCCCAACACACGCCUGGCGUAGCCGAGGAGUGCGCUGCUCUUUCACGCUUGCUCAGCCGCGAGCGACACAAUAUCUCCAUCUUUAAGCGAGAGCAGAAAGCAGCUACGACAUUGGGUGUGAUAGUUGGAGUUUUUGGCAUUUGUUGGCUGCCGUUUUUUAUUUUAUCUACCGCGAGACCAUUUAUAUGCGGGGUCAAGUGUAGUUGCAUACCAAUUUGGUUGGAGAGGACGCUGCUGUGGUUUGGAUAUGCCAACUCGCUAAUGAACCCCUUCAUUUACGCUUUCUUCAACCGGGACCUGCGCUCCACAUACAGAGACCUGCUCCGCUGCAGGUACCGGAACAUAAACCGCCGACUGUCGGCUGUAGGUGUGCAUGAAGCACUGAAGGUUUAAAAGGAUGUGGUUUGGCCUGGAUUUGGUUUACACACAGUUCAGACAGGACAGAAUCACACUCAAUCGAGUAAGACUCUGAAGCCGAACAAUGUGAACUGAUACAUCCACUUAUGUGAACAAAAGACAGAACCACAGCCUCAUACUUAUUCAGAACACUCAUAUUUCAGUUUCGUUAAUAUAUGUGGUCAAAUUCAGCACUGAUUAUUGAGACAUGUGAGGAAAACUUCAUUUAAAACAGUCAUCAAAACCUAUAAAAUACUAAAUAAUAUAUUAAUAUAUUUGAUGUUUUUCUUUUAAUGAUUUGUAUAUACAUAACAUUACUGUUAAAAAGUUUGGGGUCUAUGAAAGUGUUUAAAGAAAUUACAGUUUUUAUUUAUUUAAUUGCAAAUUAAUAAAUCUAAUAUCUUUACUAUUUAAUAUAUUGAAAUUUCUAUUAAUCAAAAAAAUACUGGAAAUAAAUGCCAAAUAUUCAAGAAGCACAACUGAAUCAAGACUGGAAUAAUGGCUGCUGAAAAUUCAAAGAAAAUUUUUUAGAUAUAUUAAAACAGAAAAUGGCUAUUUCAAGGUUUUUUUCAUAAUAUAUUCUUUUUCUGUAUUAUUCUGUAUUUCACCUAACAAAUGCAGCCUUGGUGAGCAUAGGAGACGUUCUUUCAAACACAUUAGAAAAAAUUACCAACCCCAAACUUUUGAACAGUUGUGUAUACAUUUUAAUCUACAUCAAGUAUUGAUUUAUGGACUUAAGACAGUGAGGUAUAAUUGAAUUUGAUACUUUUUACUAAAAUAGUACCUUUAUAUAAAGAACAGUGACUAUUGGCUGUUUUCAUAACUAAUGUUUUGGCUUCAUCUCUCAAGAAUCAAAUAAGGAUCAAUUUUGAAAUAUGAAGUAAAUUCUGGUAGGGGCACUUUAAACAGUAAAAUGUGGCCUUUAUCAACCCUACAUAUGUUCAUUAAAAUAGUGAUGUCCUAAAAUAUCAUUUUAUAUAUUAACAACAGUACAUGCAUGCUAUUUCCGUCUAUAAAUUCACAGCAAUUAGCUAAUUUUUGCUGUCAUAAAGUGAUAGGAUGUGAUUAUAGGGAUGCUCCAGUCCUGGCUGUUAUCGUCUCAAAGCUGUUCAUUUUCUCAUCAUAACAAUGUGGAAUAAAAGUGUAAAUCUUCACACUUCGUGUUUAGCCAGUCACUGGUUCAUUUAUCUGCAUUGAGCAGAGAUCAUGUUGAUUUCUCUCCACCUGUGAGUGUUCUGAGAAAGUAUGUUCUGCACAUAUCUGGCAACCGAGUCUCCAGAGGAGGAAAAAUAAGGGCUUGUGGGCAGUUGUCACUAUGAGGCUUGACUGAUAUUGGAAAUCCAUCAGAACAUGUGUGUGCGUGAGCAUGAAUCCCUGCCUUGAGACACAAGAGACAGGACACUCACCUUGCUUCUCUGAUGACUCACUCCAUCUAUUUUAAUAACUUUAAGAACAUGGAAGAGCUGGCUGUCUUUGAUGGAACAUCUGACGCCGUGAGCCAUUGUGCAUAUGCCGUGAUCUGGCAUUGUCAAUUUUGUACCCUUUUUUGACCUGAUGUGGCAAUUGAAAAAAGCUUUCAAUGCCUUUAAGUGUCUCUUCAACCAUGAAAACUCACGGUAAGAAACAUUGACUAGGGACUGAAUUCUUUUGAAAUCUUGUGUUAAAGACUCUUAACAGAUAAAUUAUUGACUGAGCAACUCAAAGUGGUUGUUUACACACAGGAGGAGAAGUGUUCUUGAUGUACAGUUCUAUAUGUAUGUUGCCAAAUCUUUGUGAGAAGCUUACAAAGUGUUUUCUGUCACAUAUUUUAACCCUGCAUCAGAAACGUCGAAAUUGCUUGUGCAUUUUUGUGUAUUACCUUUUUCCACAAGGACUACACUAAGUGUUUGCCAAGAUUGUUGAUGUCAAAGGAAAGGAAGGAAAUGCAGAGUUAAGAAAUGAAAUAAAUUAGAAAAAAAGAAAAUGAGGCAUUUUAUGUAGAAAUUCUCAUUUCAGUCAACCUUUGUAUACCUUGCAUACAUAAAGAUGCAUUUGUGCAUGGUUGCCAGAAACCAAAGACUGUCAGUUGCUAAUGUGAUUUUAAAAUACAAUCUAAAUUGAUUACACAUUGGAAACACUUUAAAGGAAAAAAUCACCACAAAAUGAAAAUUUGCUGAAAAUUGACUCACCCUCAGGCCAUCUAAGUUGCAAAUUAGUUUGUUUCUUCAUCUGAACUGAUUUGGCGAUGUUUAGCAU